AUGUACGAAUUGGUGCACAGAAUGAGAGGAACAGAUGGCCUGAGGCAGUGGCAGGAGGAACAAGAAAGAAAGGUGGGAGCCCCCUCAGUGAUGGCAUCCAAACAGCUAAAGAAGUUUGACAAGGUGAAGGGGCUGAAGAUACAUGAGGAGUCCCAGGACUUAGAGGAAGUGAUGGAGAAGAGGACCAGAGAAGCCCUGGGCCAGCAGGAGAAGCAGAAAGCUGAGCAUCACAGCAGAGACAAGGUUUUCAACCUAAAGCUUCGAGAGGCAAAGCAGCAGCAGCAGCCUGGGAAGCAGGCAGAGCAGGAGCUGCUUCGGAAGGAGGAAGUCCUUCUGCCCACCCUGCAAGAGGAGUCAGCACAAAGACCUGCUGAAUGUGGACCUGCCUGCCUUCCAGACCCGGGCAACCGAUUGUGUAGUCUCAUCUCCGGAAUCAUUCACAUCACCUUGGAGAGUGGCUAUCCCACAGUAGAGAACCAAACUGAGGCUGAGUGGGCCCUGCAGGAAAUGCAGGCCCUCCUCUCAAAUUUGGAGCAGGAGAUCACCAGAGCCUCUGAAGUGAAGAAGAAGGAUGAGGAGGAGGCCUGGGUCAAGCUGCAGGAGUCAAAGGUGCAGCAGGGGCCAUCGGAUCCAGCCCAGACUUCUGUACACAGUCCAAGCCCAGCAGGGAUGCAGAAUGAAGACCUGCAGGUAAAAAAGGUACAAGAUAGUAUGAUGCAGUGGUACCAGCAACUUCAGGAUGCUGCUGUCGAAUGUGUGUUGGCCUUUGAGGACCUGACCAGCAGCAGGGACAAUCAGACCAAAACGAUAAAGAUAGACUUGCAGAAGGCAGCCACCGUCCCAGUGAGCCAGAUCUCCACUAUCGCAGGUUCAAAGCUGAAGGAGAUCUUUGACAAGAUCCAUAGCCUGCUCUCUGGACAGCCUGUCCAGUCUGGUGGGUGUUCUCUGUCUGUCACUCUACACCCUCAGGGGCUGGACUUUGUCCAGUACAAACUGGGAGAGGAAUUUGUGAAACAAGGGGAGGAGAAAGUGGCCUUUCACCAUGGAGCAGCAUUCCCCAUUGCAGUGGUGGCAUCUGGUAUCUGGAUGCUCCACCCCAAAGUGGGAGACCUCAUUCUUGCUCAUCUCCACAAGAAGUGUCCUUACUCUGUUCCCUUCUUCCCAGCUUUCAAGGAAAGGAUGGCUUUGGAGGGUUAUCAAUGGAUGCUUGGCUACCAAGGGACACAUUCCAAGGCUGGGCAACAGGACACCUUUCUAAAACGAAGGUCUGGGAUGAUCUGUCUGUAUGCCACCAUCAUCCAGCUCCAGUGGCCAUGUGGAAACCUGGGGGAGCUCAUGCUCACGGCUUCAAUCAUGGCUGGCGCUGGUUGGCACUGA